CAGAGGGAGGGGAGCAGAGAGAGAGGACAGUGAGAAGAGAGGGAGUGGAAAAAGACAGCGUGAGAGCUGCCGUGGAUCAGAAAUAAAGUCAGGCAACUAUCCGGAGCAGCAUGACUCUUCUAACACUUGGACUGUAUCUGCCAUUGUGGUUUUGUUAUGGCCUGGCUCAGCCUUCUUUUCUGGACAACUUUGAUUCAUUCCCAGCAGCUCUCAGAUCCCAGGAUCAGCAGAAGAGGUUCAGCCCAUGCUGUUUAGUGAGUCCGCCUCCACCACCGCUGUUUCCUCCACCCCCUUCACUUUGGCGCCUCUACCCUCAUAGUGAUGGAAAUUCCCGUGAUGGUCGCGAGUCUGAUGUGGACAAUAACAAUAAAGUUUCUUCUUGCCCCGCAGGCCCUCCGGGGCCUCCUGGCCCCCCAGGACCUCAGGGUCCCCCUGGAUUACCUGGGAUAGCAGGGCCUAAAGGAGAAAAGGGAGAAAUAGGAAGACCUGGUCAAAAGGGUCGGACAGGGCCUCCUGGACUUCCUGGGAAAAGAGGACCAACAGGGUGGUCAGGACCAAGUGGGGCCAAAGGUGAGAAAGGUGACCCGGGGCUGAUGGGUUUGCCUGGAUCCAGAGGACCAAUUGGGCCGAAGGGCUUACCUGGGUAUAAAGGGGAAAAGGGUUCCCGAGGUGACCGUGGCGAGAAUGGGAUGAAAGGAGACAAGGGUGCAAUGGGUUUCCCAGGAAUGCUUGGACAAAAAGGUGAAAUGGGUCCAAAAGGAGAACCUGGAACCUCAGGAAACAGAGGACCCACUGGCCGACCGGGGAAGAGAGGCAAGCAGGGACUGAAAGGAGACACAGGAAGCGUUGGUCCUAUAGGGCCAGUGGGCCCACAGGGACCUCCAGGCCACCCUGGCCCUCCUGGUCCACCUGCAACAGGAGUCUACAUGGUUGGAGCAAAGGGUGCGCGCGGUCCACCAGGGCCUCCUGGAAAGUGUAGCUGCAGCUCUUGGAGUAGUCCUCCAUUUGAAAAUUAUGCCUCUACAGGAAAUUAUCUCAAAGUGCCAGCGAUAUUUGUGGUGAGCAAUGAGGAGGAACUGGAGCGCCUCCGCACAGAUAAUGCUCUUGCAUUCCGUAAAGACCAGAAAUCUCUCUAUUUCAAAGACAUUGAUGGCUGGCUGCCAAUCCAGACCUUUCCAUUCCAGAUGACGCCCUACCAGUCCAUGGAAAAUGCCCCCGAUGAUGAAGGUUACUGUGGGGACGGCAUAGUGCAGAUCUCCACCGGGGAGGAGUGUGAUGACAAAAACAGAGUCGUCACCGAUGGCUGCGUCAAGUGUAAACAUGCCUACUGUGGGGACGGAUACCGCUAUGAAGGGGCUGAGGAGUGUGAUGGAAAAGACUUUGGAUACCAGACGUGUAAUUCAUAUCUUCCAGGGUCAUAUGGUCACCUCAAGUGCACAAGAUACUGUACUAUUGACUCAACAAACUGCAAGUAUUUUACUUGAGGAGGUGUCUGGACAGUGCUGUGGCUCCUCUGUGUGUUAUUUGCUUGGGACUUAACAUGUUAAAAAACAAAAAAACAAAAGAAAAAACCCCGAAAAGACAACAAUGCUCCAAGCAAAAACUCUGAAGGAGGCUGCCAGUGAUUCUGUUAUGAAAGAAAGAACAAAACCUAGAAAUAUACAAACAUACAUAAAACUCAUCUGUAUUGCUGCUGAGAUGCCACAUAUCUCCCCGGAGGUUAUAGCUUCAGUCUUUGAAGGUGAAAAUCCGCACACUGGAAAUGCAAAGGAAGACUGCACGCUGUCUUAACGAGAAGGAUUUGGACUGGCCUCCUCAACAUGCCCGACUGGACCCGAACCAGCCUUUCAACGCAACAGUUGAGAGUCUUAAUCGCGUACCGGUGGAAGAUGUUGCAGAGAAGCAGUAGCUGGGACAGAGGCAUAUUAAUCUUGACCCAGUUACUGUUGAGAAUAACAAGCAGUAGGACAUCCAGAGCGAUGGCCCGAGGUAUUCUACUGCAGUGUGAAUGACAGUGCACAGCAUUUGCAUGUAUCUGGGAUUACUAAAACCACGACAGCAGCUGUCACUAUCAAAGCAUGUAACCUAUCAGUUUACUUAUUACUGUCAAAACAACUUUCGUACUGUGUCCUCUCACUACCACGUCGAGGUACAAAGGUGGGGAUGGAGAUAGAGGUGGUUAUAGUGCACUAUAUACUGUAUGUAUAGCGAGUUAUGCACUUGUAAUCUUUGAGUGAGACUGUUACUCCAGGAGGCUUGAAGCCUAGAAGUUGACCCAGCUUUGUUAGCUUGUGGUGGUACUGUACUGACAGGGACAUUCAGUCUGGACAAGGUUUCAAUAAAUCCCCAAAUCUUCUCAGGAACUAGCUAACAGGUAAUGUAGCUCAACAAACAAAGCACCUUUUACAGGUAUCCUCUACUGCUCUUUAUAAAUUACACGGCAGUGACUGUACACUGAGGCGCACAGGCAACUCAAGCAAAAGCUUUAACGCAUCAACAAUGCGCAGUACUGCAGGAUUCAGUUUCUCCUCCUGUGCUGCAGUGAGAAAUGAAAUAUACUGUACACGAAGGCUUGAAACUGUUAUGUCCUUAAUUUUCUCGGUGCACGGGAAGGGCUGGACUAGUCUGUAGCUGCUAAAGGGGGGAGGGAGAGGAACUCAAAUCGCAGUCUGUUUUAUGAUCAUUACUGUACAUACUCUGAUACCUCUUUAUCCAGUCUUUCUGUCUUACAGUAUAUACAGCAACAGUAAACUUAACAGUGUAGGUGUAGUCCGCUGUGUGUUGGGCACAAAUGCUGAAAAUGACUGUGCUGAUAUAAGCUGACAUUAUCCAUAAGCUACUCUUUGAGUCGCGGUGCCAAGGGAGACCUUUUCUCAGACAUACCUAGAUGUAGUCAGGUCUAUAAAGCCUACAAAAGCAAUCAAAAGAUGAAGACUGUUAAUAUAUUGUGUCCGCAUGCUUGUGAAACUCUUCUAAUGCUUCACCUUUGUCAAAUACCGUUUUGUAAAUCAUCAUUGCAUUCAUCAGCAUAGCAGGUGUCUUAAGAACUGUCAGUCUUGCUCUGAUCAGAGAGUAGCAAAGCACUGUAUGAAUGACAAACCUUAAAGUUAUGAACUGUGCCAUGCACAAAGCUCGAGUACCGUUCUGGAAACUAUGUUGAAUGUCGUGUCUGUGGCCUGCGCUGCUGUGUUCUAUCUUAGACUGCCUAUGUACAGCAAUGCUGAAAUGUGCAUGUGGUGACGUACUGUAAGGCUUUAUGAAGUGUAGCAAGCAUUGUGACUGGGGUAGUUCAUUUUGUUUUAAUACUCUGAUAUGAUUUUUACAGUAGUUGUGGACAAUUUAAAAAAAUGAUCAAAUAAAAGUGAUAUUUAAGUCACUCUCUUUAUUU